AUGCAGCCAAGCGGUCUUCGAUGCGGCGCGUGGCCGGCAACCUGUAGCCUGGUCUUGUUGACCAUCUCGACUCUUUCGUCGUUGGUCAGUGCCGAGUCAGUAUGGGCACGAGACUCCUUGUCCGUGGUCAAGGAGCACCCUCGUCUUUUCGCCUCAGGUGAUCAGUGGUCCAGCCUUGAGUCUCAGAUUUCGAAAAACGACUAUCUGCAGAAAUGGAACAAGACCAUCAUUGAGCAGGCCAACGAGUUCUACGAGGCAGCUCUGAUUCCUUACCCGGACGAUUGCGAUGUCAGUGUCGGCUGUACCCUUGAGGUCGCCAGAUAUAUUCAGUUGAGAGUCAAGCACUGGGCAUAUGCGUACCGGUUGACAAACGACACCAAAUAUGUGGACCGAGCAUGGUUGGAGCUUCAACAUGCUGCAGGAAAUGGCACCGAGUAUUUUGGCAGACCCAACGAUAACUGGAACUCGAGACAUUUUCUCGAUACUGCCGAGUUCACGGCCGCAUUUGCAUAUGGAUACGACUGGCUGUAUGAUGCAUGGAACGAUACACAACGUAAUGCUCUCAUGUGGUCGAUCAUUGAAUUGGGACUACAAAAAGGCAUCGACUGUUUCGCUGACCAGGGAACUGGUUGGUGGACGGUCGUGCGUGGAAACUGGAAUUGUGUGAGCAAUGGAGGAUUGAUGCUCGGAGCCCUCGCCAUCUACAACGAAGACCCAACGGGCACCGCCGCACAGAUCCUGCCGGACACGAUUGCCAACUCGCAGGAAUACUGUGCUCAUGCUAUCAGCAGUGACGGUACCUGGCUGGAGACGCCUGAUUACUGGUAUUUUGGUAUCCAGUCGUUUGCUCAAAUUGCCGCCGCUCUCAUCAGUGCAACUGGCUCCGAUCAACAAACUCUCUCGGCAAAUGCGGCUGUAAACAAAACCGGCUUGUUCCGCAUCUACAGCCAGGGCAUGGUUGACAAGUUCAACUAUGGUGACUGUGGUCCAGACAAGAUCACUGCUACUGCCAACCCACUCAUGUUCUUUGGCAAACAUCUAAGCAACCCCAGAUGGACGCAAUACCAACGCGAUCAAGACGACGCGGCGGACCCAUUGAGCAUGUUCUGGUAUGACACAACCACCGCGUCGGGCGAGUGGUCCGAGGGCCUCGAACUGGAUCACUACUUCAACGACGUCAACACAUCAUGGGCAUCCAUGCGAUCCAGCUGGACCGACAACGACGGAUUGUACGUGGCCAUGAAGGCUUCGACCCUGAUGGGCCACCAAACACACGGAGAUCUGGAUGCUGGCGACUUUGUUCUCGAUGCCAUGGGCGAACGGUGGGCCGGCGACCUCUGCCAAAACGACUACAAUGGACCCGGAUACUUCGAGAGUGAAAACCAAGAUAGCCGACGUUGGCUCUACUACCGAUGCGGCACUGAGGGCCAGAACACGCUCCUCUACAACGGCAGCAACCAAAUCGUGUACGGAAUUCCCGAGACGACAUUCAACUCGACUGGCCUUUCGGACACGAACUCCAGCACGGCCUACUACAUUGCCGAUUUGACCUCGUUCUACGAGGCCACCUCGAUCAAACGAGGCAUCAGAUUGCUCGACGACCGCAAACGAGUCCUGAUUCAGGACGAGAUUGUCAACGCAGAUGCAUCCAGUCAAUGGAGAGUGCACACCAACGCCACCGUCACGCUGACCGACGACUCGAAGCAAGCCCGUCUGACUCUGAACGACAAGACGGUGUUGGCUGAAAUCGUUUCGUCGGAUAACAGCGACCUUGCUUUCAAGACCCUACAGGCUGUUCGCUUUGACACCGAUCCACCCCUUCCUGUCAAUGGUACCGAUCUACCGAAUACUGGCGUGACGGUGCUUGCCAUCGAUGUGGCGCCAGGAACCACCACCGUGUCCGUGAUCUUCACUCCUCAAUGGGAGAAUUACACCGCGGCAAACACGACUACGGUCGUUCCACUCAGUGGCUGGAACUUGACUUCGCACGACGUUUUUAACACUCAACACAAUACUACCACCAAGAAUGGAACAACACACGCCCAUAAUGGAACUGAUUCCAGUGAUUCAAGUGACUCUGAUUCCUCAAAUGGAACUAGUUCAGGCUCGCAGAAGGGAACUGAUGGAAAAUCAAAUUCUGCAGGCCAGCUGUCACCCAUGGGCCUGUAUGUGCCGGUCACGGUGAUGGGCGCACUCGUUGCGUUGGGUGUUUCUCUCUUCUAG